AUGUACUCUCACCACCAUUAUUACCGUUUCCCGGUCGAUUUCAGCGACAUUCUAGCCUCUGAUUCUACCCCCAAGCCUCGAGGACAUCGUACAGAAUCCUCCAAGUCUUUAAUUCACAGUAAACCGGAUUUCUUCACACAAUUUGAAGGUUUCAUAGACAAUACUGACACCUCAGACACCUCUCUCUCAUCUUACAAUGACAAUCCGAAAGCUAACAAUCGGUUUUGGGUAACAUUAAACCUUGUCAUCCUACUGUUACUUCUACUUGGAGGUCUAUCAUUUUUGUAUGUGUUCAGUCAGAAGCCUUUGACCUGUCCAACUCAAGAGUAUGGUACCAGGAAUGGCAGUAGACAUUAUGAUGUAGAUGCGAUAAGCGAGAUAUUGAGGGAGAGAGUGAAUGCAGAGAGAAUUAGAGAAAACUUAAGAUGGAUCACCGAGGAUGUACAUGUGGCUGGGACUAGUGCUCAAUUAAAGCUGAUGGAUAAGAUCGAGGAAGAAGUAAGUAAUAAGCGGCUAUUACAACAUGUUUGGGGCUGUAAUUUGUCAUUGAUUAUGAUUUAUUUGAAAUUUAAAAGUUUUUGUGAUUAAUCAGUAUAAUAUGUUAAGAUAUUUUAGUACAAAAACUUGGGUUUCAAAGUUAAAACUUAUGAGUACGAGGUACUACUGUCAUAUCCAGAUGUAAAUCGACCUAAUUCAGUACAUUUGUGGUCGGAUUCAGAUGGUUGGAUUACCAUUUCACAUGGUAUUGGCACCCCUAUUGGGCCAAGCACGGUAAGUACUACAGCAUACUGUAUUUUACUUCAAAAUACUGUAAUCUAUAGUAGAGUUCAGUAAUAUAGACAAUUUAUUUGCAAGUUAAUGUACUUAUAUGUACAGUAUGUCUUACCUCUUUACUUUAGAACAGAGACCCGUUAGGCUCGCAAUGGUGGAACGCCUAUUCAAGUAAUGGUACCGUAUUUGCUCAAGUUGUCUACUGUAACUAUGGGAUCGAAGAAGACUUUACCUUGCUAUUACAAUCUGGAGUGACUCUAAAGAACAAGAUUCUACUGAUUAGAUAUGGAGCUAAGUUCAGAGGCGACAAAGUCUAUUUGGCUGAACAGUUAGGGGCAGCCGGGGUAUUACUGUAUAGCGAUCCUUUUGACUUUGCUCCUGAGAAACCACACAAUAAUUUGGUAUGUUAUGAUGACUUGGUUAAACAUACUAUACUAUAAAAUUAGCCCAGGCAACAAAUUAUAGUACGUUAUAAUUUUAGACCUACCCCGACCAAGUGUGGCUACCAGGUUCAGAUGCUCAGCGUGGUACUUUGCUUAGGUUCAACGGUGACCCAGAAACUCCAGAGUUCCCGUCGAAACCAUAUGUUCAUAGAAUCAAAAGGAAAGAGCUUAAACAUGAAGGACUUCUACCAAACAUACCAGUAAUGCCCUUAGGAUACGAUGACGUCAAGAGUCUGAUGGAGCACAUGGAUGGAAGUGAAGUGCCGGUAAGUGGCUUUAAGCGUCGUAAGGUAAAAAUAAGUGUUUUUUUUUGAAAGUUUCAUUAUAUUGAUAUAGACAUUUCUUAUCAAAACUGAACCUAGAACCAAAAAAUACCGUAUAAUUACUGACUGGUAGAACUAGCACGAUCAAUAUUACAAUAAACUUCUCAUUUUAGUGGUCCAGAUGGACUGGAAGUCUCACAACAACCUACAAACUCAACUCCACGAUCCGCUUUAGAAUGGACGUGAACACUCAGCUUCAACGUGCUCCAAUCAAGAAUGUUGUCGCCAUCUGGCCAGGCCAAGAAGAACCAGACGACUGGAUCUUACUGAGCAAUCACAUAGAUGCCUGGAGUCACGGUGCCAUCGACCCAAACAGUGCUACCGCUGUGAUGCUGGAGAUAGCACGAGUACUACAAGCCACAGAGAAAUCGACCGGUUGGAGACCGAGAAGAUCCCUGGUCUUUGGCCAAUGGGACGCCGAGGAGUUUGGACUAGUUGGAUCUACAGAGUUUGUGGAUGAGAUGCAGACCAUGCUCUCUGACCGAGUGGUGGGCGUUAUAAAUGUAGAUAACAUCAAUGGAAACACGACUAUUGUCGCCAAAGCGGCACCAUUAAUGUAUAGAGCUUUGGCCAAGGCAGCGGCCAAAGUAGAACAACAAAAUAUUGUGGAAGUUGAGAAGGGAAGAGUUACAUUACUGGACUCAUGGACAUAUUACUCUUUGAAAGGAGCUCUACCUGGCGACAAAAGUGUACCAGGCAUAGGACAUCCUCUGUCUGGGUCAGACUUUCAACCAUUUUUAGGUAUCAAUUUGUUUCUUUAUCUAAAAUAGUCUUAAAAUUAUUAAUUUUUAUACAUUUAAAUUUAAAGCUUGAUUAAAUUGACUUUCAGACUAUAUUUUGAUAUUACUUUAGGUCAUUUGGGUAUCCCGGUGGCAGAUUUGCGGAUGGAAGGUGCUCCUCAAUAUACAUUUAUGUUGUACCACACCAUGUACGAAACUUCUUGGACUGUAGAGAACCUUAUCGACCCAACUGGACUGAUUUUCAAGUCAAUGGGACAGUUUUGGAUUGAAUUGGCAAGAGAUUUGGCCGAUAGUAGAGUAAGUUAAAAAUGUUUUUGAACUUAAAAUAGGAGAAACCACACCUCGUAUUUUACAUUUAAGAUUACUUUUUAUGCACUAAAAAUGAUAGAACGGCACUAAUGUCAAUGUUAUUUUACUUCUCUCGCUCCAUUCCCCUUUAUUUGCGCGCGAAAAGAAAUGAAAGAGAAAAUAAGAAAGGGAACACUCGUGGCCUUGUGGCGUAAUGGAUAACGCGUCGGACUUCGGAUCCGAAGAUUGCAGGUUCGAGUCCUGUCAGGGUCGACUUACUUUUUGGGGUUUUUUACAAGAUUAUAAAGACAAAAUAACUUUUUUUAAUCAUUAAUUAUUAAAAACAUAUUUGCAUUGCAUUUUAUUAGUUUUUAAACUAAUUUCAAUAUUUAAAGCUAACAAGCUAUGCUUUUUCAGAUAAUCCCUUACGAUGUAAACGAUUACUCUGUUGUAAUAGCUGAAGGAAUUUUAUUUACCGAAAAGUAUUUGCGAACCCUCAACAUCGACCACAUUAUCGACAGUUUUGACGACAUUUUUGAAAAUCUUCAUGAAGCUGUUCUGAAAUUCCGCAAUUCUGCUGCCAGAUUUACCCAAAUGAUUCACGAAAUCAAUAAUCGUCCGAAUCUGGUCGAUGAAGUUCGAAUCCGGUCGAUAAAUCGUCGACUGAAAGGCAUUGAGAAGUGUUUUUUAUCGACUGGUAACGAACAACCAUCUCGACGUCACAUUGUGUUUCGAUCGAGUUCUCGCGACAAUCUGAACGGUCAACUCUUCAAUGGCCUUCUGGAGGUGGCAUUGGAAGUGGCAGAGAGUGGAGGGAAGGACCGGGAGUUGGUGGAGCAGGUGAUUUGGGAGAUGAACAGGAUUCAGAUGGCGGUGGAGAGUGCGGUUCACUUUUUGAGUCUGAAUUGA